GCACUGCCCGGGGGGCUCAGCGGGGUCUCCCCGCAGAGCGCAGACAAGCGGAAGUCCCUGCUGGACGCGAUGGCGGUGGAGACGCAGCAGGAGAAGGGGCGGCACCAGGAGGCGCUGGCGGCGCUGCGGCUGCAGCAGGACAAGGAGGUGCUGGGCGUCCGGGCGCACUACGAGCGGGAGCUGCGCCAGCUGCACGAGGAGAAGAAACACCACGAGGAGGAGCUGCGGGGGCAGCUCAAGGAGGAGAAGGCCCGGAGCCGGGAGCUGGAGAGCUCACAACAGACGGUGGAGGAGCUGCGCCUGCAAAUCCAGUCCAUGGACGGGGCCAAAGGCUGGUUCGAGCGGCGGCUCAAGGAAGCGGAGGAGCUGAUUGAAAAGCACCAACGGAACCACGAAGAGGCGCUUCGAGUGUGCAAGGAGCAGCAUGCGGCCGAGCUGAAGCUAAAGGACCAGGAGGUGGAAGGUGCCAGGGAGCAGCUGCGGGCGGCCGAGCGCUCCCGGGACGAGCACGUGGGCACGAUCAGCCGCCUCAGACAGGAGGUGAAGGACACGGUGGACGGCCAGCGCAUCCUGGAGAAGAAAGGCAGCGCCGCCCUCAAAGACUUGAAGCGGCAGCUGCAGUUGGAGCGGAAGCGGGCGGAUAAGCUGCAGGAGCGACUGCAGGAGAUCCUGACCAACAGCAAGACCCGGACGGGGAUUGAGGAGCUGGUUCUGGCCGAGAUGAGCUCUCCCAGCCGGGCACAGACGGGCGACAGCAGCAGCAUCUCGUCCUUCAGCUACCGGGAGAUCAUGAAGGAGGGGUCCGGGCCGGGCAGCACCAAGUCCAACACGGGGAGCCCCCAGGCCCAGCGCCCCGCGGAGCUGUCGGACGAGGAGAUCUCGGAGCUGUUCCAGCGCCUGGCGGAGACGCAGCAGGAGAAGUGGAUGCUGGAGGAAAAGGUGAAGCACCUGGAAGUGAGCAGCUCCUCGAUGGCAGAGGAUUUGUGCCGGAAAAGUGCCAUUAUCGAAACCUACGUCAUGGACAGUCGCAUCG